UUUGUUUGCAAUGAAAUAUUUUUUGAGUGGUUGUCAUACAAGUGAGAGGUGUUUAGCUUGAAUUCCUCUGCCAGCUGACCAAACUUGUCUGCAGCAGUUCAAGCUCCCCCCAUCUUUCUACUGUGGAUAUUUUUCUGUCCCCUCAGCAGAGCAGGGAAUUGAACCUGGGUCUCCCUGGUUGUGAGCUAAUACCCUAGCCACUGGACAAUUCUUCCUCUCCUGCAGGCCAGCAGAGUAGUUCAGUCUCCAUAGUCCAUUUUGAUGAUGGUAACUAGGGAGCUAAUUAAUGCCGGGGGAUGGAGGGGGGUUGCUUUGUGAUGCAGAUACUUGUCAACUAGGUGCUGCAUUGGCACCUGCCAAAAGUGUCCCACAGGCUACUGAGCAGUUAUCAAAGAGUGACAACUUUCAGACACCUCCACUCUGGGCUGUGGAGGUAAUCAGCCCUGUCUGCUCUCCUGAGCCAUCCAAUCUCCUGAUUUUUGGAGCUGGGCUGUGAGGGAGCUUUUGGUGCUGUUUGUGUGUAGUAGAAGAGAGGUACUGAGGAGCUGUUUGGUUCCCGGUUUGAGUGACUCAGCCUCCAGGCUGGCCCACAAAACUCCCUCCUCUUGCUGGGCCUGCAGCCAUGGAAACGGCAAGAGUCCCUUUCAGAACACAGCUCUGAGAAGGGAGAGGGAGCACAAAGGGAGACAGCCAGCAAGGGCUUGUGCUUAGCACAAGGGUCGCUGGGGUUUUCCUCUUCCAGCCUUUGCCCUGCGCUGAUCGUCUUGUCUCUCUAUGAUCAGUGGGGUGGACGUGGCUCAAGAGGAAUGAGCUCUAGCACAAUCGCUCUGGCCCCUGUGGCCAAGAAUGUGAUGGUAUAUCGCAAUGGGGACUCCUUCUUCCACGGAAGGAAGUUUGUGGUGAACCAGCGCCAGUUCCUGACCUUUGAAGCAUUUCUGAAUGAGGUGACCAGCACCAUUCAUGCCUCUGUGGCUGUGAGGAACAUCUACACCCCCAGGCAGGGCCACCGGGUCACUGAGCUAGAGGAGCUGCAAAAUGGAUGCCCGUAUGUGGCAGCUGGCUUUGAGCGGUUCAAAAAGCUAGACUAUUUAAACCCUGGAAUGAAGCAGCUCAGUGGGAGCAGGAAAAAAAAUGGCAUGCAGAUCCGCCCCGUUGUUCCCCAGAAGCUGAACAUGGCAGCGCGAUGGCAGAAGAAUGUCCAGCUGCCCUGCAUUAUACAUGUUUUCCGGAAUGGGGAUUUGCUGAGCCCCCCUUUCCGACUGCUGCUCUCCAAGAGCACCCUGCAGGAGUGGGAUGCCACCCUGGGCCUGCUGACGGAGAAAGCCAACCUGCGCAGUGGAGCUGUUCGAAAACUCUGCCGGCUGGAUGGAGCCCCAGUCUCCAGUGGCAAGGAGUUGGUGAACGGUGAAUACUAUGUGGCGAUAGGGGCAGAGAAGUACAAAAAUCUGCCCUACUUUGAACUGCUGGUGCCUGAGAAUUCUAUGCACCGGGCAUUACGGAACCAUCCAAAUAACAGACGCAGGAUCCACAAUCACGGGUUUGGUAAAAGCUAUGCCACUUCCCAGGAUGGAGCUAGCGAUUCUGCCCUCAUUGAUCCACUUCAGCAGCCAGACUAUCGCAGGGUGCAGUCCACAGGAAAUGAAGAGAAAGACAAGACCCCCGUUCCUUCUCCAGCAGUGUGCAGACAAGCCAGAAAAUAUCCACGCAAAGAGGAAGAGUCUGUUUUCCAUGUUAAGCCUGUCCGUGCAGGGCAAAACAGGAAGAAUAGCAGGAACAUGCAACACUGGCCUGACCGAGAAGAGGGAAGUGUCUAUAAAGUGAAAGACCCGAGGAAGGAGAUGCAAGGUGCCCGGGAAGUUGUGGAGGAUGAAUACACGAAGAUAGAGCUACCUGUUGAUCAGAGAGCUGCAGAGACUGUGGAAGAAGUUAUACCAAAAAGCAAAAUGACUCCUCACAGCAAGGUUGGGAGCACUGACAGAUCGCGGAAGGCCUUGACAAUGCGAAAUUACGGCAGUGAUUCGGAGGAGGAAGAGAACUGAAAGAGCCAUUUCUCUGACCAUGUGAAGCUCCAAAGAGUUUAUGAAGUGACUGUGAUGAAAUGGAGACCAAGUUAGCUUUACUCUCUCUGCAGUGGUGGGUAACAUAAGCACCUUGAUCAAAUCCAAGGAUUUUUAAAAAUGCUUGUUUUAAACAAUAAGAAUGCCUUCAUUUUCUGAAAAAAAAAAAAAAAAAAAGAGUACUUGUGGCACCUUAGAGGUGCCACAAGUACUCCUUUUCUUUUUGCGAAUACAGACUAACACAGCUGCUACUCUGAAACCCUUCAUUUUCUGGGCUUUGUAAAGCAGGCUUCAGCUGAACAAUGAGUCAGACACAUUCAUAAUAUAUUUUU